CGCGGCGCCUGCAUCUUCUCGGGCACCUCACACCCAAUCUUGGUCGACGCCAUCUGCGAGCGACUCGGCAGCAAGCCCGCCAAUGUGGACUUGAAGAAGUUUGCCAAUGGCGAGACUUCCGUCGAGAUCAAGACUUCGGUCCGCGAUCAAGACGUCUUCAUCGUGCAAUCUGGGAGCAAUGCAAUCAACGAUAAUGUCAUGGAGAUGCUCAUCAUGAUUAGCGCCUGCAAAGGCGGUUCUGCGCGUUCCAUCACCGCGGUCAUGCCCUACUUCCCGUACUCGCGCCAGUCGAAGAAGAAGUCACACCGCGGCGCCAUCGUGGCACGCAUGCUCGCAAACUGCAUGAAGGUUGCCGGCGUGGAUCAUGUCAUCACAAUUGAUCUCCACGCAACUCAAAUGCAGGGCUUUUUCAAGUGUCCCAUUGACAAUCUCUUCGCCGAGCCCCUCCUGAGCAAGUGGAUUCGCAUGCACAUUCCAGUCUGGGAGGACGCCGUCGUGGUGAGCAAGAAUCCUGGCGGCACCAAGAGAGUGACGAGCCUCGCAGAUCGAAUGGGUCUCAGCUUUGGUAUCGUUACCACCGACCGGAGAAAGAGAACACACAUGUCGGCGAGCAUGUACAACUCCGUCAUAUAUGACUUUGGCACCGAUGGCGCGGAUGGUCCAAACGCCCUCAAGAAGGCGGCAGAAGAGCUGAGGCUCGAGUCAGAGCGGAAAGAGGCUGCUGAACAGAAAGAUGGACCCAAGGAGCGCGACUGGGCAUCAUCACGGGCACCACACAGUCCUCCGACGGCCCGCGCUGGCGGCAACAGCAUCAGACAGCCUCUCCGACCAGGCCCGCAGACACAGCGUUCAUCAACAUCAGCCGGAGCUUCGUCUGCAGGACGAGCACGAGGUCUGACCAAUGGUGAACCCAGCCCACUCGCGAAUUCGCACAGACCGGACACUGCAGACGAGGAGCAGAAGACCCGGCAGCACCAACAGUCAGGGGCGACUCAGGCUGGCGACGAAGCCGAGCCGUCGCUGCGACCUUCCCGCACAUUCAACUCGCUGGAGCCUCUGCGCCUGGACGAUGAUGGGUACGAAGAGCCCGAGGGCGACGAGGACGAGGAUGAUCAUGCUCAGGACGUUAUCACCGGCCGACUGAUUCAUGGCCACAUUGUCGACGACGACGUGCCAUCUCCCAGUGCCUCGCAUUAUUCUGAGCAUCGGACUCACCGCUCUUCCAGCGAGGAUGAGAACGUCCCUGACCACAUGCUGCAAUCGUACAUGUCGACCGCUUCCUCUCGCUGGCAGGCCGGACAUGGCGACGAUGGAGGUGGUGGUCUGGGUGGCACUGGCGAUGCGACACAUUCCGACGAAGAGGAAGAGGAGGCGCUCACGAACCCCGAAAUCGAGACUCGCGUCACUCUCGUCGGCAGCGUGCAAAAUAAGCCGGUCAUCAUCGUUGACGAUAUGAUUGACAAGGCCGGUUCGUGGAUCGCAGCGGCCGAGACCGUGGUCAAGCGUGGCGGCGCCAGCAGCGUCUACUGCAUGGCCACUCACGGUCUCUUUGGUGGCGAUUGCCUUGAGCAGCUCGAAGAGUGCCACGAGAUCAAGGCCAUUGUGGUCACUAAUGCGUUUCCGAUUCCAGAGCAGAAGCGCAAGAUGUCGAAGAAACUGGUGGUGCUGGACGUCAGCGCACUCUUGGCCGAGGCCAUUCGACGCAACCAUCACGGUGAGAGCAUCAGCCAGCUCUACCACCUCAUGAAUGAGUAGUAAGGACGGCCCGGACGACCCCGAAACGGGAGUAUACAAACGAGUAAUGCAUGCAUAUACGGAAUGGCGUACUGGAACGGAAAGCAUUAGACUUCACACAAAGCACCGGAUGUGCUCCCUCUAAUCGAGGUGUGAAGGGAGGAGAGGCGGCUACUUCAUCUGCUUGGAGCCCACGAAGCGCGAGCUCACCUGAUUGAUUGCCUGGAAUGACAAGCCUUUUGAGAGGGUUUGUUUGUACAGUGCUUUCUACAGGCAGUCGUGAAAAUGGUAACUUUACGAGACAAUAACAGACCACAAAGAAGAAUUUGAAAUUCUUCAGACUAAUU